AUCUACCUUGUUUUGCUUGCUUCUUUGUAUUAUCACCAGAUAGCACACAUCAACCGCCUUGAUCGACUACCAUGGGCUUUGGUGAAGGCGUCGCCAAGCUUCUUGAUACCUACACCAACUGCCUGAGACUGCUCAAAAUAUUCAAGAAGCAGCACGGCAGCGACUUGGAUGAUGCAUCCUCCCUUUUGAGGAGCUCCAUCAGAUCAGAUCGUUCGCAAAUCCGUCGAACUUAUUCAUCUCGAUUAAGCGAAAAUGGCAAACGUCUCAAAAAGGGUGACGGUCUCUCGCGAGGAGUGAUCCGCAAAACAGUAAAGAAGCUGAAAGCAGCCAUUUCCGGGCUUAUGCAGUCCAGCAAGGACCAACAACCGUUCCUGGACUACGAAUCACUCCAGCGACUCUCCAACUCCUCGCGAGUCGAUGCGGUAAGCGCCAUUGACCAGCUUUCACAACGGCUAGGAAAUGCGACUUCUCGGAAUUCCCUAGUGUCAUCGACGUCUGUGGGCGACCGUAAGCGGCAUUCAACCCGCUCGGACAAGAGCAGCCAUGUGCUCUUAAAUGGCACCGAGAAGAAGUCGCCUAAAACCGGGGUCCGGUCGCAGUUGAACGACCAGAGGCGAUCAGGGUCGAGGUCAAGAUCAAGACCCAGAUAUCGAAGCAAGGAAAGAUGCAGCCCGACAAAUCAACGCCACAGUGGCGCCUCGGUCGCAAGCAGAGCAGAUAGGCUAUCCAUGAUGUCGAGUUCGACUGACAGCACCAAGCUGGGAGAAGUUUCUGAUAGACGACGACUUAGGAGGCAAAACACCAUUUCCAAUGACUCGGACAGCUCUGGGUGCUACCCGGCUCACGUGAGGCCGACAUACCCACUGAAGCCUUAUCCAUCGCCGGAACCGAGAUCCAGAACGAUCUGGAGGCUCUUUGGUCGACGGUGAGGUCACCUCGGAGGAUGCUCCUUGUUGCAGCAAAUGAGAAAAACAAUGGACUCUUGGCAGGGACUUCAUCCAAAACGGAGGCCUAUCCAGGUUCAAGCCCAAGGUACAGAGGGUCACCUUGUGUACUACUGUACUCCGUACUGCAGUCGGUUGGAUAAGGUAUGGAUAGCCGGGUCGCUGAGGCCUAUGCAUGGCGGGGAUGACCCGGCGGGGAGGUAUUGAGGGUUCUUUUCUGUGGGCUCCAUCCAAUGUCAAGGCCGCUGGCUGCUGGCUGGUUGCCUGUCAGCUGUAGCAAAACCUGCCAGCAGCUCCAGCUGGCAGGAACUACAGCCAGCCUCCCGAUGUCGUUGAGAUAACUUCCCCUGUCAAGACCCCCUUUGACCCCCUUUGAUCAGACCAGCAUUGAAGAGUCGUGAAUGACGUGAAGUUGACCUUGAGAAUUUGGGGAACAAAGCUUGCAUACCUUAAGCCGCUCUGUUAGGUACCUCAUCGAGAACAGAUUGGCUUUGAUCUGGAGACUACAUGCAUCCAAUAAAAAUCGUAUUGCAAAG